AUGACUAAUCUUGGAAUGAUGCAUUAUUAUCUUGGUAUAGAAGUUAUUCAAUUUACUGCUGGCAUAUUUAUUUUUCAAAAGAAGUAUGUGCAAGACAUUUUGGACAUGUUUCGAAUGAAGGACUACAAUCCUAUUACCACACCAAUUGAAGCAGGCAUGAAGCUUGAUAGAAAUCCUAAAGGAAAGAAAGUCAACAACACUUUUUACAAGCAAAAUGUGGGAAGUCUAAUGUACCUAACUGCAACAAGGCCAGAUAUUAAGCAAGCUAUAGAUAGUGAUUAUGCUAGAGAUCUUGAUAAUAGAAAGAGAAAAUCUGGUUAUGCUUUUAUGAUGGGGACAGCUGCAGAUCCAUGGACAUUAAGAAAGCAAUCAAUUAUAACUAUGUCAACUACUGAAGCUGAAUUUGUAGCCGCGGCAGCAUGUGCUUGUCAAGCAAUCUGGCUACAAAAAAUUCUUAAAGAAUUUUCAAACAUGAAGGACCUACUAUCAUUUUCUGUGACAAUAGCUCAACAAUUAAGCUAUCUAAGAAUCCUAUUCUGCAUGAAAGAAGCAAGCAUAAAGAUGUGA